AUGUACGCAGCUUGGCUUUUGCUCGCCUCAUUCGCCGUCUCUGCGCUUGGGAAACCCAAGCCCCCAACACGCAAGACUUGCAGCGUUCCUGCAAUUGGAGGCGGCGAGGAUGAUGGGCCCACGAUCAACAAGGUUUUCAAGACCUGCUCGACGCACUCGAGAAUCGUCCUUGACAAGUACUACGUCGUCGACACACUCCUCCUCACGAAAGACUUGAAUGAUGUGGAGAUUGAGCUGAGCGGUACAGUGCAAUACACUCCCGACAUUGCCAAAUGGUCCCCGCAAAGCCUUUUCUUGACAUACCAAAAUGCCACGACGUUCUGGUUCCUUUCUGGUAACAACAUCCACAUGUUCGGCGGAGGAACGAUUGACGGCAACGGGCAAGUCUGGUGGGACACUCUCAACAACACCGGCAACUCUGGAACCGCGGGAGGGUCUUCCACCACUUUCGCACGUCCUAUCCCUCUGACGGUAGGGAAUGCCACCAAUGUCGUCGUCGAAAACAUUCGUGAAAUUGGCUCUCCCUUCUGGUUCGUCUACCAGAGCAACAACGUCACCUACAAGAACAUCAACAUCCGUGCGGUGUCGUUCUCUAGCAGCCCGACGGCGAACUCAGAUGGUUGGGAUAUCUAUCGUUCAAACCAGGUAACCGUUCGGGACUCGGUUGUGCUUAAUAACGACGAUUGCGUUUCCUUCAAACCGAAUAGCACAAACAUUAUAGUUGCCAACAUGAUCUGCAACGGCUCUCAUGGAAUCUCCGUCGGUAGCCUGGGACAGUACGCUAUGGAGACCGACAUCGUGGCAAACGUCUCGGUCACGAAUGUAACUAUGAUAAAUGCGCAGAACGGCGCGCGUAUCAAGGUCUUUGGUGGGAACCCCAAUCCGAACAGCACUGUUGGUGGAGGAUCUGGCUACGUGAAGAAUGUCACCUUCACCGACUUCUUCGUCCAGAACGUGGAUAACCCGAUUCUCAUCAAUCAGUGCUACUCCACGAACGCCGCUGUCUGCGCCCAAUUCCCGAGCAAACUUACCAUUUCAGAUAUACAUUACAUCAACGUUACUGGUACAUCCUCCGGGCACGAAGGAAGCGUCGUGGUGGAUCUGGAGUGCUCCGACAUCUGCGAAGACAUCACUGCGACAGGAACGAACAUCUCAGUUGGCGGAAGCAACAAGACCGCGACGUAUGUGUGCAAGAACAUCGGGACCACUUCAGAGCUCGACUUCGAAUGUGUGGCACCUAGCACCUAG